AAGAAAGUAAUAAACUUUUUUUCAAAUUAUUCUUCUUUUCUAUUUUUCUAACAUGGUAUUAGAGCUAUAAGCUCCUGGUUCUUUUCUUUUAUCAUCGCUCUUGGGUUUUUUGGAGUUGAAUUUUCAAUUCCAUUCCAGAUAUGAAACUUUGUCGUUGGGAUCUCUUCUCUUAUAGAUUGGAUUGUUUAUCCUCGAUUCUCAAGCCCUUUCUGAGGUAUUUUGUUGGUUUGUUAUUUCGAUCUUGGCAUUUAUUUCUUCAUAUUUUUAGAGUUUUUUAGUAUUGUGAGUUUACUAAUUCUAUGACGAGUUUUGAAAGGAUUGUAACUCAUUCUGCUACUGCUAUGGUUGCCAAAGAACUGAUAGAACAACCUAAUGUCAACCUUGAAUCCCUAAAACAGGUGAUAUUAAAUCUUUUUAAUGCUUAUACUGCCUUAUCUACUGCUCCCGGUACCAAACCUUAGUAUUUCGAUUCUGGUUGUUGUAACCAUAUGUCUUCAAUUACUGCUCAUUUCUCUUCAAUGUCACCUAAUAAUUCCUUUCUCGAUAUUUAUUCUGCUGAUGGUUCCCCUAUGAAUGUUAGUCACAUCGGUAAUGUUUCUACAAAGUCAUUGACUUUACCAAAUGCCUUUUUAGUUCCAAAACUUAGUUAUAAUCUUCUAUCUGGCGGUCAAUUAUGUGAUCUUGGUCUUGAAGUAACAUUUUCUGCUCAUGGUUGUCGUGUGCAAGACCCACGGACAAGACAACUUCUUGGAACUGGUCGCAAGGUGGGGCAUUUGUUUGAACGCAACUAUCUGCAUAUUCCUGAUAAUAAAAUGGAUACACCAUCAUUUCCAAAUGAUCGAUUAAUCCAAAUCCUACUUUGUGCUGUUGAAUUAGAGUCUUUGCAAAUUCCAUAUCAACAAAUCUUCCAAACCUGUGCUGCUACUAACAUUUCUCCUUUCCAUUUGUGGCACUCACAACUCGGACAUACCUCAGUUGGUAAACUCCGUCCACUUAUCUCUCGUGGGUACACUGCCACAACAAUCUUGUCCUUAUAUUCUGAACAAAAUGGGCGAGCCGAACACAAACACAAACACAUUCUUGAUUCUGUUCGUGCUUUGCUCAUUUCAUCUACUUGUCCAAAGCGAUUUUGGGGUGAAGCUACUCUUACAGCUGUUUAUCUUAUUAAUCACAUUCCAUCAUCAGUCCUUAAUAACCAGUCUCCAUACGAGCGUCUACAUGGUACAUCUGAUGAGCUUUGCAAUGCCUCAUCACAUGCUCCAACGAGUUCUGUAGAAGAUGAUCUGCUUGCUGGUAAUGCAUUAGAUAAUUUUGAGCCUUCUUCUACUUCUUCGUCUGUAUCACAUGUUGAUUCUACAAAUGAGCUUGUUGUCCCAUCCUCGAGUCAUCCUACUCGGAUCAAAACACAAUCUGAUGGUUUUGUGGAGUGUUAUAAGGCACGCUUGGUUGCCAAGGGUUUUACACAAGAGUAUGGAAUCGACUAUGAGGAGACAUUUGCUCUAGUUUCUCAUCUUACAUCUGUGCGUAGUUUGCUUGUUAUCGCUGCUAUGUGGAGAUGGAAAUUGUUUCAGAUGGAUGUGAAAAAUGCUUUUCUUAAUGGUGACCUAGAAGAAGAAGUUUAUGUGAAACCACUUCUUGGGCUCAACCAUCCUCCAAACAAGGUAUGCCGAUUGCGUCAUGCAUUAUAUGGGUUGAAGCAAUCCCCUCGAGCUUGGUAUGCAAAGUUUAGUACUACUGUGAGUGAGUUUGGUUUUACUUCCAGUCCACAUGAUACAGCUUUGUUCAUUCGUGUUGAGGAGUUAAAACAAUCUCUCAGUCAGAAAUUUGAGAUGAAAGAUCUUGGUGUUUUGAGCUAUUUUUUGAGGCUUGAAGUGACCUCUUCAGAUGAUGGUUACCUGUUUUCUCAAGUAAAGUAUGCCUCCAAUCUUGUUUUUAAAGCUUAACUCAAUGAUGGUAA